UCAGAAUUCACACAAACACCGAAUAAACAAAUUGAAUAUUGAACACACCAAAAAAAAAAACAGAGGACAAAAUUCGCUGAUAGCAGCUCAGCGGUUGCUUGGCAAAACAGCUGACUAAAUAAUCGCUUGGUAACGCAUGUGGUUGCCCCAAGCAACCGAUGCAACGGGCAACCGGCAACCGGCAACGUGCAACCGGCAACGUGCAACGAGCUUAAUCAAUAACAAACCACACGCAUAGACGAAGAGAAGUUGAAAUUGGGAGACGCGAGAGAAGUUUUGGAAAGAAAGAACUCCAUCGUAAAUAGUUAUCAACAAACACAAUGCCGCCAAAGGGUAAAAAAGGCAAGAAGGGCAAAAAAAUGCCAGUGCUCAUCGAUGGCGUGGACACCUCAUCGAUGACACGCGAUCAGCUGGAGGCGUUUGCGCUGCGCCUCAAAGCGGAAAUGGAUCGCGAGCGCGAGGAGCGCAAUUACUUUCAGUUGGAGCGUGACAAGAUACGUACCUUUUGGGAGAUAACACGCCAGCAGCAGGAGGAGUCCAAGUAUGAGCUGCAGCAGAAGGAUAAGGAGAUUGAGGCCACGCAGGAUCUGGCGGACAUUGAUACCAAGCACAUUAUGCAGCAGAUGAAGCAUCUGCAGUUCGAGAAUCACAGCAAACUCGGCGAGGUGCGUGCCGAGGCAAUGACACAACUGAAAGUGGCACAGGAGCAUCAUGUGCUGCAGGAGAUGGAGCUGCAGAAUGACAAGCGACAGCUGCGUCGCAUUGUGCGCGAACGCAUCGAGAUGAGCGACAUGCAACACCGUCAGCUGGAGGCGCAUUUCAAUCAGCAGCUGCUUGAGCAGCGUUUGCUGUUCGAGAGCGAGCGCAAGGAUAACGAUCGCCUGCAUGAGGAGAAGAUGAAGGAGCAGCGCACCAAGCUCGAGCUGUUCUUCAACUCGCAAAUGUUCGAGGUGGAGGAGCGCAAGAAUCAACAGAUCAAGGAUCUUCAGGAUCAUCACGAUCUCGCGUUCAACGACAUGAAGAACUACUACAACGACAUUACGCUCAACAAUCUCGCUCUAAUCGGCAGCAUGAAGGAGCAGAUCGAGCUGUUGCGUCGCCAGGCCGAUCGCAGUGAUCGCAUCGCCGCCGAGGCGAGUGCAGAGACACGUCGCCUUAAGGAGCCGCUGGAGCAGGCGAAGACACAGAUGAAGGAGCUGCAACGUAAGCUGGAGUUCUACGAUCGCGACAAGCUGCAGCUGGGCCGACUGAAGAAGAGUAACGUCACACUUGAGAAGAAGGUGAAGAGUCUGAUGUGGGAGUCCGAGACGCUGCUGUUGCGCAACGAUGCGCUCGUCGGAGAGCGUGCAACGCUCAAGGCACGCUUCAACGAGGUGAUCGUGGAGCUGCAGCAGAAGACGGGCCUGAAGAAUGUGCUGCUCGAGCGCAAGAUCGCGGCCCUGAUGCGUGAGGAUGAGAAACGCAGCAUUGUGUUGCGCAAAACGAUGGCCAGCUGUGCUCCCGAGUUUGCCAACAAGCUCGAAGAUGUGGAGAAGACAGUUAGCGAUGUGGUCGAUACGAAGAAUCAAACGAUCAUCGAUCUGCGCUACGAACUGGCCAAGGCAUGGAAGGCGCACGACGAUCUCCUCGAGACAUACGAGUGCAAGCUGAAGCAAUAUGGAAUUCCGACCGAUGAGCUCGGCUUCGAUCCGAUUCGUGAUCGCGACAAUCAGCAGCUGUAUAUCUGUGGACCCGCUGGCAUCGUGACCCAGAAUAAAUGAUCGAAAAAUCCAAAAAUAGAGAUACAAGUUGUUUCGCGCGAUCAAUUUUCGUUUUAAAUUAAUUUCAGUUUAUUCAAUUCUUGAUGUCGUGUAUAUAAAUAUCAAUAAAAAAAAAAGAA